AUGUUCAGAGGUAAACCCCGAGGAAUACGUACCGCGCGUAAGCACGUGAACCAUCGCAGAGAGCAGCGAUGGGCAGACAAGGAGUUCAAAAAAGCCCACAUGGGCACAAGGUGGAAGGCUAAUCCCUUCGGUGGAGCAUCUCACGCUAAGGGCAUUGUCUUGGAGAAAGUUGGUGUUGAAGCCAAACAGCCUAACUCCGCUAUCCGUAAGUGCGUCAGAGUGCAACUUAUCAAGAACGGCAAGAAGGUGACGGCGUUCGUGCCUCGUGACGGUUGUUUGAACCACAUCGAGGAGAACGACGAAGUACUGGUCGCGGGAUUCGGUCGUAAGGGUCACGCCGUCGGUGACAUUCCCGGAGUCAGGUUCAAGGUGGUCAAAGUAGCCAACGUAUCACUCCUAGCAUUGUACAAAGAAAAGAAGGAAAGACCAAGAUCGUAG